CUAAUUAACGCGUAUUAAUAACUGAUAGCAAUAAAUUGCUUUUAUGCAUGAGCAGAAGAAAAAGUUCUCCACUGUUUAGAAUAAGCCCAAUUUAGAUUUCUUGUUAGACAAGUACGAGUGUAGUAGUUUAAAAUUAACAUACUGUUUUAGAUUUAAUAAAAUAAGCAAAAAGUUAUUAUUAAAACUCUAAGCUUAUUACCGUUAUUUGUUAAGAUUUAUGCAAAUGCAAUCUGAUGAGCACGAUAAGAAACUCUUUUAAACUUCGCGCAUGAUGUGGCUUCCUGUAGGUAAAAGAAUGUUCAUGAUCGGAUUAGUAUUUCUGAAGAUUACUCCUACAAAUUUACAAAGUUAGAAACUUUACUUCUAUAGUAAAGUUUAUAUAAGAUAUGACAAUAGAAAUAAUAGAAUACGCUGACCAGAGAAAGCUUGAACCUCAUUACCAUCUUGUAAACGAAGAUAUCCUGAUAUUUUCAGACCGGAACUCUCAGCGACCAGUCCUCCAACGAGAGUGUGGGCGGUGGCAGUGCCGGCUCCGACACGAGUAAUGCAGCGGAGCCGUCAGCGGAUCAACUCGCGAUGGAAUCUGCGGAGCGAGAGACCCCUAGCCAUGCAUACAGCGGUCCACCACCACCAGCUCCACCUCCACACAACAGGAGACAGAAUCCGCCGCACCAUCAGCCUCAUCACCCUUUAGGCAUGCCACGGAUUCCUAAUCAUCACACCAUCCACUCCAAACCUUUUGCGCUUGGACCGCCUGUAAAUCAUCACAAAAACGACAUUGGACCUGGUUUUCGUGGACCUCCGCCGCCACCUGCUCCUCCUGCUGAUACCCAGACUUCUGCUAGCGACAAAGUAUUCAGCGGAGCCGGCGAUGUCUGGCCGGCACCUGCACCUGAUAUGCCUAAAAUCGUUUCACUAGACGUGAAAUGCGAAAAAAACGCUAUGCGAGUCUUUUUAAGCUUUGACAAACCGUUUUUUGGCAUAGUAUUCUCUAAGGGACAUUAUUCGAAUCAUCAAUGUGUCCAUCUACCACCAAACUUAGGUCGAUCGUCUGCUUCUUUUGAAAUCGGAGCUCAUGCUUGCGGCACAGCUGGUAGUGGCGACCCCAGAUAUAGAGGGGAUGUUGCUGCAGCUGGCACAUAUUUCGAAAACGUCAUAGUUAUACAAUACGAUCCACAAGUGCAAGAAGUUUGGGAUCAAGCUCGUAAGCUACGUUGCACUUGGCAUGACCAGUACGAAAAAGCGGUCACGUUUAGGCCGUUCCCUGUUGAUAUGCUAGAUGUUGUGCGUGCUGACUUCGCUGGUGAUAAUGUGGGUUGCUGGAUGCAGAUUCAAGUCGGUAAAGGACCUUGGGCUUCUGAAGUAUCUGGAUUAGUAAAGAUCGGGCAAACAAUGACAAUGGUGCUGGCGAUCAAAGACGAUGAUGCGAAAUUCGAUAUGCUCGUCCGUGAUUGUGUGGCACAUGAUGGUCAACGCGCACCUAUACAAUUAGUCGAUAGGCGAGGCUGUGUAACCAGACCAAAACUGAUGUCAAGAUUCACAAAAAUCAAAAACUUCGGUGCUAGUGCCAGCGUUUUGUCUUACGCACAUUUCCAAGCUUUUAAAUUCCCAGAUUCAAUGGAAGUGCACUUCCAAUGUACGAUUCAAAUUUGCAGAUACAGAUGUCCAGAACAAUGUUCAGAUGGAGGCCACAAUGUUAUCGCACCUCAUGCCGAAUAUGGGCCACCUCAAUUGGACGCUUAUCCAGUGGGAGUUGAGGCUAGGAGAGACGAGCGUCGUGUAAGAAGGCAGCGUCGAGCAACAUCACCGGAGAAAGAAGUCGGUGUAAACAGAGUUAUUCGCGUAGUAUCAGCUGGGGAUUUAAACAUGGAUACAUCAGAAGAGAACGCCGCGCCUAGAAUCGUUCCUACUCCUGGACUCGUUUGUAUGACUACCCCUGGUUUUGCUGCAACGCUUGGAGCUCUUCUUGCGACUCUACUUUGCUCUUGUGCUGUUUCAGCGAUAUUAUUCUUAAAGUUGCGCCCCAUGACCACAUUAAAGAAAAAAACCGCUGCUAUCACGACGAUAGCACGGCCCCACCAUCCACCCACCGCUCAUAUAAUUUCAAAAAGUCGGUUCUAUUCGUAACAUCAUCGAAAUAACUGAAUUUGUACAUAUUAGUGUGAUGAGACUGAAGUAUAUAGAUCAUGCCAAUUUAUUUAUUUGUGUGUUAUGCCAGUGCUCAAUCGAAAUUAAUUACUGAUAAUAUGUUAAAAAUGUUCAAUGUGUAUUAUAUUAAAAUAUACAUAUUAUUAUCUGAUUGUGAAUGAAUUUUAAAGCUUCAGUUGGUUUCCUAAUUUUUUUCUAGAUUUUGUAUACGGUUCAAUAUUUUUAUGGACAUUUAAAACGAGCCUUAUAAACUUCCAAAUCAUUAAGAUAUUAAUGAAAUAAUGACGGUUAAUUGUGUAUACAAAUUAAGUAAGUAUUAAAAUGUCUGAUAAGUACAAUCUUCUGUUACCUCUCUUCGAAUAUGUGUUUACAUUUGAAUCAGGGGCAACGGAAAAUGUUUAUGUAUAUGGUAUAUCAACAUUUAGGUGAACCGCUAGACUAUAAUUUAAAAUAACUUGUCAUUAGUGUUAAUAUUAUUUAUUUUAGUUAAGUUGUCGUAUAUAGUCGUUAACUACCUUAUUUAUUUUAUAUCACCUGAGUACCUCUUCAUCUGUUUUUAAUAUUAUUCGUUUUGUUUUCUUCGUUUUCAAUACAAAUUCUAUCUACUGUUAUAUGAAUUGAUUUGUCCUCAGUAUGAUUUAAGUUUGUUAUACAUUGCAUUGUUAGCAAUUGUAGAAAUAUAGAAAAUAUUAUACACCUACAAUAAAGAAUGUCGACGAUUCUGUAAUAAAGAAAAUAAUUUGGAAAAAUAAAUGCAACAAAAGCAACAAUAUGACGUUUAAUUUUACCUUUAAACUAAUUUUCAAUUUCGACUAGAUUAUAUUGCUCUCCA